GCUUAAUUUUCUUAUAAUUGAAUGGUAGAAUUUAUAUUUCAAGGAACCUGUAAAUGUUCUCGGUUUACUACAAUUCAACACGUACAUGUUUCAUAUUACGCUUCAACUUAUUUUUUUUUAAUUGUCAUAGCCGCUCUCAAAACUAUGGGCAUGGUAUGAUUUGAAAAUUCUUCUCAUAGGAUUUACUUUGCAAGUGUCCGAAUGAAAAAAAUAUAGUUUUGGCUAAUUUUUAUUUGCUAGGCUAUGCCGGAAAUACCGCUUUAAUUUAUCACGUACGGUACUAUUUUUCUUCAAACCAUAAUCUCAGGGACUUGAUUGGUAGAUGCUUUUACUCAGCGUUCGAUAUUUCGAUAUUGCGGAAACCCAAAAGUUUAAUAAUUUCGCGUCAAUAAACAUAAUUCUGCAUCAAGUCCCAAAAAUGGAUACGUCAUCACGUUCUAUGGAGACUUUUUACCCAGCUCGCAUCGACGCUAAAAGUAAAGCAUCACCUGCCGGGGAGGCAGUCGCCGAUGAUAGCGCCUACCGGUCUAGAUCCAGUGAAACCGACUGUUCAGUCUCAACAUACGAAAGAAAAUCUCGAAAAGAAGGUGGAGAUAUGGGUGCAAGCAUAUCUCCGUGCUUUUCAAAUCAAGAGAAACUGCAGAAGAAUGGAAAUAAUGUAUCUUCUAAUCAUGAUGAACCUGGUCUGCCUAACUUCCGAAGAAGGCGAGCGUCGUCUUUCAACUCGACGAUUCACAAAAACGACGAAGGCAGAGCGGAUCAUAGAUUGUCGCGUCACAAGAGUGUGUCGGCCAGCCGUCUGGGCGGCGAUGGAAGACUCACCACUGACUCCGCUGCCUUCUUUGCCAGUAAGAACUAAUAUGCGUAUUUUUGU